AUGUCCUUGAGUGGCAACGCAACCCAGUUUUCUUUGUCAGCAUCACCUCUUCCUUUGAUCUUCAACAGCUCCACCUCUCCACAACCUCCAGCUUGGGAGAAGGAGAGAGCCAGCCAUGAGUCUGCGCAGGAGUGGCCAGGGAACGAGACCCAUCUCCUCUCAGACUUCUCUGUUCUGGAGCAUGAUGAGCAGUGCCACAUGUCUCCUGUCCUGACAGCAUGCCUUGUAGCCUGGUACAGUGCUACAAUGGUGCUAGGGUUGGUGGGCAAUAUCGGCCUCAUUUGCAUCAUCGCCCGCCGCAGAGAAAAGGUCAAUGUCACCAGCAUUUUCAUCUGCAACCUGUCGUUCUCUGACAUUCUGGUGUGUGUCUUCUGCCUCCCUUUCACUGUCAUAUACACAAUCAUGGACCAUUGGGUGUUUGGCUCGCUGUUAUGCCGCCUGGUGCCAUUCAUCCAGUGUGUGUCUGUGAGUGUGUCGGUGUUGUCUCUAGUGUUUAUCGCUCUAGAAAGACACCAGCUUAUCAUUAACCCCUCUGGAUGGAAACCAAGCGUUCCUCAGGCCUACAUGGCAAUUGUUCUCAUUUGGAUUCUAGCCUGCUUCACCUCUUUGCCUUUCUUGGCCUUUCAGCUGCUCACAAAUGAGCCCUAUGCUAAUGUAAUCCUGCCUAUGUCAUCCGUACAUGACCAAGAUUCUCUUCAGGCUUAUCUCAACACAUCUCCUCCUCAGCCUGUCUCCUACACAUACAAAAACCUGUCUGUGCUUCAAAAUUCAUACCACUCGCUCUUUUCUUACGUCCCCACCUCUCCACAUAUGGAAGCCUGUGUGGAGCACUGGCCAUCCCAGGGUCACAGGGUCGCUUACACCACGUGGCUCCUGCUGUUCCAGUAUUGUGGGCCACUGUUUUUGGUCCUGCUCUGUUAUGUUAGAGUUAUUGUGCGGCUUCGUCACCGCAAAGACAUGCUGGACCGUGCCCGGACCCCAGAGUGCCAGCGUAUGACCCACAGCCGCCGGAUCAACAUCAUGCUGGUCGCACUCAUAACAGUAUUUGCUCUCUGCUGGCUUCCUCUCACCAUCUUCAACGUGGUGUCAGACUGGAACCAGGAGGCUCUGCCUGUCUGUCACCACAACCUGCUGUUCUCCCUCUGCCACCUGCUGGCCAUGUCCUCCACCUGCAUUAACCCCAUCAUCUACGGUUUCCUCAACUCUAACUUUAGGCAAGAGGUGAGCGAGGUGCUCCUGCACUGCCGCUGUUUCCCGCUAGAGGAAGAGUGUGAGCGUUACCCCAUGUCCACUGCACACAUUGAAGUAUCCCACACCUCUGUGCCUCUAAACUGCAGGAGCAACUCAGUCUGA